AUGAAUGGCCACUUUGCGGCGGUCGGCAACGGGCCGACUGCUCAGCAGUAUGAGCACGGCAUCCAGGUCAUCAACGAGGACAAAGCAUUCAACACGAACCUCAAUGAAUACCUCAACGAGACUCACGUCGCCGAGGCCGGCUUCAACUACCAUCUCAUCUCCGUCUUCGGGUCGCAGUCGACGGGCAAGUCGACCCUGCUUAACCACCUCUUCAAGACCGAGUUCAGCGUCAUGUCCGAGUCGCAGCGCCGCCAGACUACCAAGGGGAUAUGGUUGUCCAAGAACAAGAGGGCCAGCAGAGAGGGCGACGCCACGGCAAUGGCCGACAACAUCCUGGUCAUGGAUGUCGAAGGCACCGACGGCCGCGAGCGCGGCGAGGACCAGGACUUUGAGCGCAAGAGCGCGCUGUUUGCCCUGGCCACGAGCGAGGUCUUGAUUGUCAACAUCUGGGAGCACCAGGUUGGUCUUUACCAGGGCGCCAAUAUGGGAUUGCUCAAGACUGUGUUUGAGGUCAAUCUGCAGCUGUUCCUCAAGGACAAGCAAUCCCGGACAAGGUCCCUCCUUUUCUUCGUCAUCCGUGACCACAUCGGAAACACCCCCCUGGCCAACCUGCGCGACACGCUGAUCCAGGACCUAACUAGAAUUUGGUCGACGAUCUCGAAACCCCAGGGGCUCGAGAAUUCCAAGAUUGAGGAUUAUUUCGACUUUGCCUUCGCAGCGCUGCCGCACAAGAUUCUCCAACCCGACAGGUUCCUGGAGGAGGUCGACAAGCUGAGCACCCGCUUCACAUCGGGCCACCGCUCCGCCAAGGACCAAGAGUUCGUAGGCGGCGUCUUCCUACCUGAGUAUCACAGGAGGAUACCCGCCGACGGCCUGUCGGUGUACGCAGAAGGCGUGUGGGACCAGAUCGUCAACAACAAGGACCUGGACCUGCCGACGCAGCAAGAACUCCUCGCCCAGUUCCGCUGCGACGAGAUCUCCCGCGAAGUCCUCGUCGAGUUCGACGCCGUCAUGGCCCCGCUCGAAGAGCAGCAGACCGAAGCCACGCGCCUCGGCAAGCCCACCGUCCUACCUGAUCUCGGCGCCACCGGCUCGCGCGCCCGCGACAAGUGCGUCAAGGCGUUCGAGACGCAGGCCAGCCGGUACCACAAGGGCGUGUACACGACCAAGCGCAGCGAGCUCGAGAGCAAGAUCGACACGCGCCUCAAGGCGCUAUACCAGGCGCAGCUGGCGGCGGCGCACAAGGCCGGCGUCGCGGCGUUCAGCGAGGCCGUCACCAACGCCGUCAAGGCGGGCCAGAAGGCCGGCGGGGCGUACGAGUUUGCCGAAAUUGUCGAGAAACAGAAGAAGAAGACGCUCGAUAUCUUCCGCAAGGAGGCGCAGAGCCUGCUGAUCCAGGGCGUGGCGUGGACAAACUUCAAGCCGCAGUACAGGCUGUUUGAGAAGGAGCUGGACGAGGUUAGCGCGCGCCUGCGCAAGGAGGAGAUGAGGCGGCUCGCGAUCCGGGUCGAGAGAUGGGUCAAGUCACGUCUGGGCGAUGCCAUUGGCCUCGAGUUCAACAAGCUGGGAUCCGGUAGGGGCGGGUCUGGCGCGCCCGACGAUGGCGAGAAGCCCCCGUCGGAGAAGGAUCUGUGGGAUCGCGUCUGGAAUGCCUUCAUCGGCAUUGUCAGAGACGCCGAGACGCGGUUUGCCGAUCGGGCCAAGAGUUUCGAGGCCAGCGCCGACGAGGUUGAGGUUGGUCUCUGGCGGCUGCGGCGCAAGAGUUGGGUUGCCCUCAGGGAGAAGAUUGAAGAGGAGAUGAUGGAGAGCAACAUCCUCAUGAAACUCCGGGAGAAUUUUGAAGACAAGUUCCGCUACGACGAGGAGGGCGUGCCCCGCAUUUGGCGCCCGAGCGACGACAUCGAGGGUGUCUACACCCGCGCUCGCGAAUCCACGCUGGGGCUGGUCCAGCUGCUGGCUAGGUUCAGGCUAGCCGAGACGUAUGCGCCGCCGGACCUACCGGGCUUUGUCGGUCCUCAGCCUGCGGGCGCUGAACCUGAGGACGAGGAAGACCUGGUUCCCAUUGGCGGUGUGGACGAGGAGGAGGGCAAGAGCCUUGAGGAGGAAAUGACGGUGCUCAGCGAAAGCAAGCGGCAGGACCUGGUGGUCCGGUUCAAGAAAAUGGCCGACGGCGUCUAUGUCGAGGCUAAGAGGAGCGCCAUUGGCGGCAUCACGCAGGUGCCGCUCUACUUUUAUGUCGUUCUUUUGCUUCUCGGCUGGAACGAGAUUCUCAUGGUGUUGCGCAACCCAAUACUUUGCAUGCUUUUCUUGGUCAUAGGCGGUGGCACCUAUGUGACCUACACACUCAACCUUCUCGGCCCUAUGAUGCAAAUGGCCAACGCAGCGUCCAAUCAAGCCGUCGAGAUCGGCAAGGAGAAACUGCGUGAAUUCUUGGAGAGCAACGAAACGGUCCGACAGGCUAUCACCAUGCCGGCCAGGCAGCAGAGCAGUACCGGGAUCAGCAUGGAUAGGCUGGAUAGCAGGGGGAAGAAGACAUACGAGGCGGGAGACGACGACGACAUCUAG